UCUCCGGACCGGUGCUCCGGUGUCUUCCGCCGCGAUGAGCCGCCGAUGAGCGCAGAGGACGGGAGGAUGCCCGCCGCCAGCGGCGCAGACGCGCUGAAGCCCAGCGCCUUCAUCCCGGUGUGCACGGCCGCCUGCCUCCUCAUCGGAUCCACCUCCCUCUUCUUCGUCUUCACAUGCCCAUGGCUGGCUGUGACCAUCUGCCCCGCUGUGCCACCAUGCUGUGCCAUCCUUUUCCUUUUUGUGCUGGCCAACUUCACCAUGGCAACAUUUAUGGAUGCUGGUGUGCUCCCGAUGGCCAGCGAAGACGAAGACAAAGACGACGAGUUCCGCGCCCCGCUGUACAAGAACGUGGACGUGAAGGGCGUCCAGGUGCGGAUGAAGUGGUGCGCGUCCUGCCACUUCUACAGGCCCCCGCGGUGCUCCCACUGCAGCGUCUGCGACCGCUGCGUGGAGGACUUCGAUCAUCACUGCCCCUGGGUGAACAACUGCAUCGGGAGGCGAAACUAUCGCUAUUUCUUUCUGUUUCUGUUGUCUCUCACCGUUCACAUGAUCGGCGUCUUCGCCUUCGGCCUCAUAUAUGUCCUCCACCACAUGGACGAGCUGUGGCAGCUGCACUGCACCGUCACUCUGGCGGUUAUCAGCGUGUCGGGGCUGUUUCUCAUCCCCGUCCUGGGUCUGACCGGAUUCCACUUGUAUCUGGUAUCUAGAGGACGCACCACAAACGAACAGGUAACUGGGAAGUUUCAAGGCGGAGUAAAUCCUUUCACUCGAGGUUGCUGUAACAAUCUGGAGUAUCUGGUCUGCAGUCCCAUAUCUCCCAAGUACACGGCGAGGCCGUGUAAGAAAGCAGUCAUCCACAUUCAGCCUCCCUUCCUGAGGCCGGAGCUUGACAGACAGAUGUCAGCCAAAGUCAGGGACAACGGGAUCCAGAGCCGGGAGAAUAAACGGACCUCAAGUGGAGCUGUCGAGCUGUCAGACAUCAAACAGCUGAAAACUCCACCGCCGCUGCCACCAAAACCAGAUCAUGGUCUCCUGAAAAGCCAUGUGGACGACCUGGGACAUCAUCCCAAAUCCAUCAUUCCUGUGUCCAUCCCCACUGUGCCACAGCUGCGGCCGGUCUUAGAGGCCAUAUCCAGAGGAUCAUCUCCCAUUCCUCCCGAGCAGCUGCUGAAGACGUCAGAGCAUCAAGGGAACAACAAAGGUCCUGACUUCCAGUCCGAGUCCAGAGAGAGUCCGGUGAGGGGCGGCCAUCAGGCCGGCCUGCCCGUCCAGUCGCCUCUGCAGACCAGCGCGGCCUCCAGCUCUCUGCAGCUCAACUCUCUGACCCUCAACUCCCGCUCCCUCUCUCUGAAACACGGCGGUCGCCAUGGCAGCAAAUCCCAGUUGACCGCCCUGCACGCCGCCGACGGUCUGGGAUCAAAUCCCCCGCCGGGCAUCAUCUCCACGUCCAAUCUGCUGGCCAACCACGGCGGCAGCAGCAGCAGCAGCCUCUCCUACGACAGCCUCAUGCAUCCCGCCGAGCCUCAGCUCAUGGCGUCCAGAGGAGCCCCUCCGGGCAGCUACCACCCUCACUUCAUGACCCUGGGAGCGGACGGCGCCAUGCAGCGGCCGGCCCCUCACUCCUACAGUCCCGUCUUCAUGGGCGUGGCCAGACAGUCUCCCCAGCCUCGAGACCCGUCUCCUUCCUUGCAGGGGCUUUCCUCGAGGGAUCCCUCGCCGUCUUUCCAGGGCUUCAUUCAGAGGGAUCACUCUCCUGCUUUCCAGGGGCUGAUGGCGAGGGACCUGGCCUCCCAAAGCGUGGCGUCGCGGGACGUCCCCCCUCCGGGUCUGAUGAUGCGGGACAUGGGCUCUCAGAGUCUUCGGGACAGCCUCCGGGAUCUGGUUCAGCAGGACUCGGCGCCGCCACGGUCUGCCGCCGCCCGCUAUGACAACUUUUCCAAAACUAUUAUGGCGUCGCUCCACGAGAGGCGGGAGCUGGAGGAGAGGGACAGGAUGCUCCGUCUCCAAGCCCGGUCGCAGGCGCUCUACGGCCCGGACGUGGGGAUCUACGACAUCCCCAGCAGGAGGAGCCUGCCGCCGGACAACAUCCGACCCCCGGGCUCUCGGGGACCGACUCCCCCGGCCUACGGCUCCAGGGAGUUCCUGAUGAGCACGGGUAUUCUGGGCUACGGCCUGAGGACCUCGCCUCUCUCCAGCUCCUCCACGUCCUCGCUGACCCGCGGCCCCAAAACCUCCAGCUCCCCUCUCCAGAGCAGCAGCAGCAGCAGCCUGCAGAGCAAGGGCAGGUCCUCGUCCCCGGCCUACUGCCCCUCCGAGAGGCAGACGCAGGGCCUCGCCUCCUCCACGUCCACAAUGCCCCGUCUGUCCUCCUCCGCCGCCUCCUCCGCCCCGCUGUACACCUCGUACGCCACCACAAAGCGCUCCUCGCUCCCGUACUCCUCCGAGGGGAAGGACUCUGCCACACUGGGAGCGCUGAAAUAAUAAUUAAAAAAAAAAAAAGAAAAAAAGAAGGAUAUUUCAUGUUUCUGAUCGUGUGAAUGAAUCAUCUAUGCAGUGUUAGUCUCAGUCUUCACAGCUCCAAAAUCUUUUGUAAAUAAGAGGCCAUUUGGGACUUUUUUUUGUGUGGGAGUGUGUGCGAAAACACAAGUUCACACUGAAGAAUAAACUUAGAAUUAUUCUCGCAAGGUCAUGUAAGUCUGAACAAAUCACACAAAAACUGUGAAUCUCAGGACAGUUGUGCCUCCUCUUACAGGCAGAGGGCGCUCUCUGAACUCAAAGCAGAGGAGCCAUGUGUGGAAUACAGAUUAACUUAUUACCCAUUUCUAUGUGUUUUGAUAUUGCUUUUGUGAAACAGUGUAAUACCACUUUAUCUAAUUUGCCUACUGCUGAAAAAACCCUUUGUUUAACUGAAUUUUGUAGUUGUUUAUAUGAAUAAAGUUAUUUUGUAAUUUC